AUGACCCCCGCGGCCCCGUCAAGAAACGAAAGCCGAGACCGCGGCUGUCCUGUAUUGCUGAAGUGCAAUCGUCUGCACCCCUGCGACAAUUGCAUCAAGCACCAGCGGACGUACAUGUGCCACUAUGAAGCGCCACCUUUCUUGAGCAGCAGGCAAUCGCAAGGCAUCCAAAAUCAUCUUCGCGAGCUCGAAUUCCGCAUUGAGCAUCUAUCCGGGGUCAAUCUACAGUCCCACACGCCAUCUAAUGCGGAACACGGCGCUCAAGAUAAAGCUGCUGCUACUAGUCUUUCGGACCAUCACGCGGGUCCCAGUGUCGGAAAUAAUCAGCCAAAGCUAGACAAAAAUAACCCUGGAACCAUCGUGCUACAACGGGGUGGAACGCGAUAUGUUACCCCAACCCACUGGCAAGCAGUGAUGGACGAAAUCGCUGAGGUGAAAGACUAUCUUGAGCUGGACAACGUUGAAGUAGAGCCUGAAGAGGACUACCCAGAUAUUUCCGGGCCAGUGCUGCUCUUCGGUAACACACUUUCCUCUCAAAAGGCAGAACUUUUGGCCGCGCUACCAGUUCGGUCGGUAGCAGACCGACUGGUCUCUUUUUACCUGAACUCCAAAGAGUCUACCCUCGUACUCAUGCAUGUCCCCACAUUCACGAAAGAGUACUCCCACUUUUGGAAAGCCCCUGAAGAGACCUCUAUCAACCAGCUGGCAUUUCUCUUUAGCAUUUUCUGCGCUGGGACAGGCCUGCAACUAUUCUCUACAUCUGGCCGCGCCGACGGUGUACUCGCAGAGUCGUUUGAUGUGUAUCACCGGCUAGCUUCGCAAUGUCUGAUCAUGUCGAACUAUAGCUCACCGGGCCGAUAUAAAAUGGAGGCACUUGUUCUAAGUGUGGCCAUGGAAAUCCUUAGAAGUACAGAUACACAUGCCGGGCCCUCGCUCCUCUUGGGUCUAGCUUCCAGGUUAGCAGUACACGGUGGGUAUCACAGGGACCCAAAACACCACCACAAAAUCUCGCCCUUUGAGGGAGAAAUGCGUCGUCGAGUGUGGAUGUACCUCUCUCUGCUUGACCAUUACAUAUCACUGCAAGCCGGUCUUCCACCGGCCACUGCCCAAUCGCAAUCCGAUACCGAGGAGCCCCGGAACCUAAAUGAUGAAGAUUUGAAUCCGUUCAUGACAAAACUACCACCCGCCAGGCCGCCCACGGAGAGCACACUUGUUCUCUUCCCAGCUACGUUAAACCGAAUCAUGCUCGCUGGAGCGGAGAUUAUCGCAAAGGUUUGCUCCGUGAAGGGUGUUCCUUACAGAGAAGUCCUUCGUUUGGAUGCGAAAUUGAAAGAAAUUCAUACCACUACCCCACCACCAUUGCAAUAUCGUCCACUAAGUGAAUCGAUCGCAGAUUCGCCUAAUAUGAUUAUGGAUCGUUAUAACAUUGAGCUAAUGUACCAGAAAGCUCGGUGUGAUCUUCACAGACGGUAUUUGGCUCAACAUCGCAUAGACCCAGCGUACGCCUACUCGCGACAGGAGUGUUUAGAUGCCGCAAGAAGAGUCCUGCAACACCAGGCCGAUAUCUUCGAUGCAAAUUCCGCAGGGGGUCAACUUAGCUACACUUCAUUUUUCUUCUCACCUAUCGUAGUCGUGCAUUUCCGUUCAGCCGCGAUGAUUGCUUUAUUGGAGAUUUCGUGCCAGUCUCGCUACGACCUGAAACAGAAGCUGUCACCCAACGAGAGAAAUUCAAUCCUGGCAGCGAGACAACAGCUUUCACAAGAUAUUGAAAGGUCCUAUAAUAUAUGGAAGCAUUUAUGCCAUCAAUCAAAAGAAGCCGUUAAAACAGCCAAGGCUCUCCACAUCAUGAUGAAGGUUACGAACAAUCAUUUGCAGCAUGGGGCAACGCCCGAGCAAGAACAGCCUUCAUCCCUGAGACUUGUCAAUUCGACACUCCUGAUGGCUACGCCACCCAACUCCAACCAACCUCCAGUCAACUUGGCGAACCAAUACAGUCCUCUGGAUGUCGAUAUUAUGGAUGCCACCCUCUACCUAGGACAGGAUGCUCUUGCUCAUCCCAGUGGGACGCAGUUCACGGGCUCCACCGACGUAGUAGACUUUUAUGAUCGAUACUGGGAUAACCUCAUGCUUCUGGGUGACGACCAAACCUUUGACGAUAUGACAUUCGAUAGUGGCAACCAGGGACACACUGAGGCCGGCCUUCCGUGA